AUGUCCAAGACAGAGCAAAAGGCCUGCCUCAUCGUCAUUGAUGGCUGGGGCAUCCCCUCCGACGAGAGCCCCAAGGAUGGCGAUGCCAUUGCCGCCGCCGAGACCCCCGUCAUGGACGAGCUUUCCAAGAGCGAGACUGGAUUCACCGAGCUCGACGCCUCAUCGCUGGCGGUGGGACUGCCCGAGGGAUUGAUGGGCAACUCCGAGGUCGGCCACUUGAACAUUGGUGCUGGACGUGUUGUCUGGCAGGAUGUCGUCCGCAUCGACCAGACCAUCAAGAAGGACGAGUUCGCCGACAACGAGGUCCUCAAAAAGACUCUCGAGGGUGCUGCAAGCGGCAAUGGCCGUCUGCACCUCUGUGGCCUGGUUUCUCACGGUGGUGUGCACUCCAAGCAGACACAUCUGUAUGCCAUCCUCAAGGCUGCCAAGAAGUACAAUGUCCCCAAGGUCUUCAUCCAUUUCUUCGGUGACGGCCGUGAUACCGACCCCAAGUCUGGUGGGGGUUACAUGGAGGAGCUGGUCGACUUCAUAAAGGAGCUUGGCCUUGGCCAGAUUGCCACCGUCGUCGGCCGGUACUAUGCCAUGGACCGUGAUAAGCGAUGGGAGCGUGUUGAGGUUGCUCUCAAGGGUCUUGUUCUGGGCGAGGGCGAGGCGUCCGAGGACCCGGUUGCUACUAUCAAGGCUCGAUAUGAGAAAGAGGGCAAGGAGAACAGGGAUGAGUUCUUUACCCCCAUUAUUAUCGGCGGUGACGAGGGCCGUAUCAAGGACGACGACACUGUCUUCUUCUUCAACUACCGAUCCGAUCGCGCACGACAAAUCACCCAGGUGCUCGGUGAUGUUGACCGAUCUGUUCUGCCCGACUUCCCUUACCCCAAGAUCAACAAGCUUGUCACCAUGACCCGAUACAAGACUGAUUACCCCUUCGAUGCCGCCUUUGAGCCCCAAAAGAUGGACAACGUCCUGGCCGAGUGGCUUGGAAAGCAAAACGUGGAGCAAGUCCACAUCGCCGAGACUGAAAAGUACGCCCACGUCACCUUCUUCUUCAACGGCGGUGUUGAAAAGGUCUUCCCUCUCGAGACUCGCGACCAGGACCAGGACCUUGUUCCUUCCAACAAGUCGGUCGCGACCUACGACCAAGCCCCCGAGAUGUCUGCAGACGGCGUGGCGGACCAGGUUGUCAAGCGUCUGGCCGAGCAGAAGUUCCCCUUUGUCAUGAACAACUUUGCUCCUCCCGACAUGGUGGGCCACACUGGUGUUUACGAGGCUGCCAUUGUUGGCUGUGCCGCCACCGACAAGGCCAUUGGAAAGAUUCUGGACGCAUGCAAGAAAGAGGGGUACAUCCUGUUCAUCACUGCCGAUCACGGCAAUGCCGAAGAGAUGAAAUUCUCCGAUGGAAAGCCCAAGACGAGCCACACCACCAACAAGGUGCCGUUCAUCAUGGCCAACGCUCCCGAAGGUUGGAGCCUAAAGAAACAGGGUGGUGUCCUUGGCGACGUUGCCCCUACUAUUUUGGCUUCCAUGGGGCUGCCCCAGCCUGAGGAGAUGACGGGCGAGUCUCUCCUUGCAAAGGACCUUAAGAGGAGUGCUGAGUAA